UGGGGGUUGGAGAAAUGCAUAAUCAUGCAUACUUACAUCUCACUUCCUUCAAAAGAAGGAACAUAUUAACAAGAACCAGAGGACAAGACAUCAGACGCAGGUGAAGGGAACAGUCAGGUGGAGAGUUUCAGCUUUUAAAGGUUUCACUCUGAAGAAUGGAAGUUUUCAACAUCACCAACAGCUCACAGGACGACUUCUAUGAUUACGUCAACAACAAAACUGUCGACGAUGAUCAUAAAAAAAUCUCUCACAUCAUGAAUGUGGUGACGUGCAUAAUCAUUUCUGUCGGCCUUCCUUUGACCCUCGUGGCCAUCUACGCUCUUUAUUCUAUGGUGCGAGGUGAUCAUGUUGUGCCGAUCUACAUCAUCAACCUUCUCAUUUCCAACCUCAUUCAGUUCUGCUGUAUGAUCGUCGAGAUGGCAACAGAUAUGGAGCAUGACAUUGAAGAUUUUUUUCAUUCUUUAUGUCAGUUGGCCAGUGUUGGCUUCAUGGUGUGUAUCGCCCUGGAGAGGUAUUUGGUCAUCGCCUGCCCACUGUGGUACCGCUUCAGACGAACCAUCAAGAUCUCUGUGGCGGUCUCUGUAGCGGUCUGGGUCCUUUCUCUUGCCUUGAGCCUCCCUUUAUUUUUAGGGGUUAGUUAUAUGGCAGAGAAAAUCCUCUUCAGCGUCUUCUUCCUCCUUCCCCUUCCACUGUUGAUUUUCUUCCUGGGUGGGACCAUCAGAGCUCUGUCUGCCAGUCGUGUUCCCUCUGAUGAAAAACGACGAAUUGUUGGAAUUUUGGCUCUGGUGCUGCUUAUUUACACGCUGCUGCUCCUGCCGAGCAUCAUGUUGGUCUUGGCAGAGGAACACACUAUAGAUGCCCAACAGACCCUCAUGACCCUCAACAACCUGUCGGCCAUGUUUGUUCGGCUGAGUCCUCUUGCAGACUUAGUUCUGUAUGUUUUCAUGAGGAAGGGGAUCAUAGACAAGCUUCUGGCUGCUGUGUGUUGUUGCAGAAUGGACAGCAACGACAGCAACAGAACGAAAAGCAAUGAUAGCAGAAUGAACAGCAAUAAUAUAUGAACUUCAUCAGUAUGAAUAAUGACAACGAAUACACAGUCUUGUAAGUGGAGAAAGAGGGGUGAGAGAAAACAGAAGAACAAAUGUAGGCAAAUGGAAAGGAUAGACAGGACAGUAGGGCUGUCACUAUAUUUGAAAUUCAAAAAUUUGUUCAAAAGUCAGGGAGAAGUUAUUAUUUGAAUGUAAUGACCUGUUCAAAUCAAAAUGUACAGUCUAUAAGUGCA